AUGCAGGCGCUGGUGUUGGCGUGCUUCUACGUGAGAUAUCUGCAGCGGCUGGAGGCACAGGUGGAGACCACACCGGCGCUGUCGGCCGAAAUCUCGAGCAACUCGGUGGUGGAUCCGCGCAAUCCGUGGCGCUGGUUCCAGUUCAAGAGGCGCUCUGCCUGCAGGUCCAGGUCGCGACACGCGCCCAGUGAAGGUCACCAGAGCCGACCCAGCGCAGCCGAUACGCGUUCGCUACGCGACUGGUUCACACCGAUCUCGCGGCGAUCCGUUGCGCAGUCGAUCGAGCGCAGCAUCGGUCCCGGGCGCCAGCGUGCCACCGGGAGAACCAAAUCGCGAAGUCGUGGCGGAGCUGGCACCGGCGGUGCCUCGUCUGUGGCCUGCGGGGUGUUGCAACCGGCCAACCUACACGACCCGGCAGAGCUACGCGACCUGUCCGAUCACGAGGACCCGCACGCGCAGACCGGCUACCCCCUGCACGUGGUGCCCAACCGGGAGCGCAUCUCGUACAUCUGGCACCAGACAUCGGCGAGAAAUGCGCUUGAAGCGGCGGGCAGCCCUCGCCCGCACCGGCUCCCCUCGAUGUCCAGUUUCGAGGCGAUGCAGGUCGAACAACUUGGACGCGUCUUAGGCCGGCCACAGUUGAGGCACUUUGAAGACACUGCCCGCUACGAGCCUGCAGGCGCAGUCGUUCUCGAAGAACCUCCGGUCGCCGACGUAGGCCGCCGUACCGUGACCCCUGCUGCUGAGGGCCGGCCGAAAAAGUUGGCCGAGAAAGCCAGCCGAAUCGAAUCUUCGACGGCAGAGCGGACGCGAGCUGUCCCGUUCAAUUCUUCGAGGCGGUUCUCGCUGCCGUCUGACGGUUUUGAGACGACCACCGGCCUCGAGCAAGACGACAAGUGGGGUCACCUCAAUCUGAAAGGAAAGAUGAUGUCCCUGCUCAGCGGAUGGCACGAUGGCGUGCAGCCGGAAUCCACUAGUUCCAGAGCUACGCCAUCUGGCCAGUGCGAGGCAGCCGCGGCAACGGAAAGACCUGGCGGUCUCGAACCAAGACGAGUCAGCUUCGGCGUCGCUCUGACAGGAGGCGGCACUCCACCCCGCUCGGUUGGGGCAAAAGAACUUGCGAGCCAGGCUGACCUGCAAGAUCAUCGUCCCUUGCCAGCGCAAGAAGUCUGCCGUCCCGAUCGGACGGCCGAUGACGCUGGAGGACUCAGACAGGAUGACCACGACAGACUGACAGCAUAUACAAGCGGUGCCGUAACGCCUACGAAUACUAGCAGCUUGGAUGCCGAACAAUGGACCACCGCGAAUUCCCAGCGGGUAACGGGACGACGAAUAACGCUCGUCGGCAGCCCAUACACGCCGACGAUAGAGAUGGGCUGGCAUUCCGGCUCAUUCGUUUGCUCUCCGACCAAAGUGUCGACACGAGACAGCGGGCAGCAGACGGAUCCAUAGGCGCUGCCUUCAUAUAGUUAUGCAGAAACAAUGAGACAUAUACUUUAAAUACGGUAAAUUGAAAAUGUCAAAAUGUUGAAUGGCCCCGAGUUUAGCUUAUAGCUAUAGCUGUUUCCUUGAUAGAUGGCCCGCCGUGCUGCUGUAAUUGCCACGAAGCCGCUGCCUCAGCGCGCAGUUUUUACACAUUGUGAGUAAAUGUACAGGCGAGUACGUGAAUAAGCUCUGCGUUGUACAUGUGGACCAAGCGGCUUAUGCCCGGAAGUGGAUUAGCACCUUAUUCCACGUAGCCGUGGGCUUGUGUUUGUAGCCAUAGCCCUGUCCACCAGUCGCAGCUCAUUCUCGGUCCGUUGCGAGACCACAUGGCAGAGGGUGUCAGCCAUAAAUGUGCAGUCUCUCCUGUAGAAGCUGUCAUACUGCGCACACCCACUCCCCCACCCCUUCCCACCACUUCCC